UCGUCGUCGUCUUCUUCGUCAUCUUCGUCGUUGUCGUCGUAAUCGUGAUCGUGAUCGUCGUCUACGUCUUUUUUUCGGAUUAGUAGUGUGUGGAUCUUACAACAAUUUCCUUUCGUAAAACGAAAGAGAGAGGAGAGAGAGAGAGAGAAAGAGAGAAAAAGAGAAGGAGAUAGGAAGGGAAAGAAGAAAAGGAAAAAGAAAAUCUCCCCUAAUCUUUUUAACUCUCUUUUCAUUUCGUGGUAUUUUCCAUUCUCCACCCGUCACCAAAAGAGAGACAGAGAGAGAGAGAGAGAAACUCACAUAUUCGUAGGGUGCACUGGCCGUGGAGAGAGAGAGAGAGAGAGAGAGAGACGAGUAAAGGGACGUUGACGUGUGUGCGUGGGAGAAAUAUAGGAGAUAGAGAUAGGAAAAGUGUGCUUUUGGGGGAAUAAAAAGAAUAACAAAGUAGUAAAUUGUAUGAUAUCCGUCCUCAUGUGUUUGUCCACGGCAGAUCCGGAAGGAGGCGCGCUCCAAGGGAAAUAAAAGGGAGAGGUAUAUCUGCGCGCACCAUUAACGCGCUCGUUCCUCUUCCCAGAAACGAUCGAGCUAGCGCGCCAACCGAUUUGGGAUCCGACGAAUCAACCAAUCAACCAACCGACCGGAACGACCGAAAGAAAAGCACGGUGCGAUAAACUACCCCGUAGUGCCGCGAACACGUUUAACCAACCCCCUACCAAGUUAUCUUGGUCGCCACCUCUUCUCUCGUUUCUCUUUUCACGCGCGUGUAUAUAUAUAUAUAUGUAUAGACAUAUGCGUACCGCUCGCGUAUACGUCGGUACAUAUAUAUAAAUAUAAUCGAACGUACCCAGAUAUCUAUUUAUAAGUUUACACAAGAGAGAGAGAGAGAGAGAGAGAGUAGCAGCGACGAUCGUGACGUUGCUCGCUACUGCUGGUCUAGUGCUACGUUAUCUUUGGGGUGUCGUUUGUGAUGAUGAUGAUCAUGUGGAGGAUGAUGAUGAUGAUUAUGAUGAUUAUGAUGAUGAUGAUGGUGGUGUUGGUGACGACGAUGGUGCUGCGUACGUAAGAAGAAGAAAUUUUUCAGAGUGCGGCCGUGUAAACUUUAGCGAAAAAUCUUCAAGAAAAAGGGUGCGAGAAUUCCGGUUAAGACGAGAUAUCCUUGCACGUUUUUAUUCCUUAGUUUCUUCUUCGUCCGGCAACGCUCUUUUUCCUUUAGAGAGAAAGAGUGAGAGAGAGAGAGAGAGAGAGAGAGAGAGAGAGAGAGAGAAGGGAAAACAAGUGUAUAAUAACGCUAACGACGUCUCGUUUAAGACGGAUAUGAGGAGCGGAUACGCCCGGUUCACAUGAUACGCACAAGAUCGUUUCUAAUCGCCAAAGUUUUUCUCUCUUCCAAAGAUAUGCGGUCAGGGAGGAAGGUUCGUAGGAGCCCAGUGCCGUAGCAUGCUGGCGUGCUGGGUGAGCCGUUGGUGCGCUAUUGAGUCAGCCGUGGUGGUGGUGAGACAGUCCCUCGAGAAGGGUACUCGAAUAAUAAGUAAUAGCGAUAGGACCAGAACCAGGACCAGGAGCAGGAAGAGGAGGAGAAGAAGAAGAAGAAGGAGCGAUCUCGGUUGGAGAAGCAGCACGGAGCUCGACACCACCGACCGAUGAGCGCGGGGGGGGAUGGGGGCUCGGCAUUGGCUCCGUCAGGGGUGCCGGGCUCCCAGCCAAUGGCCGCGACCCCCUCGACCGCGACCCCCCCCCACACCGGCGCGGUCCAGGCCCGUUCCUCCGCGAGCCCUGGCCCAGCUGUUGUUCCCCCAGGCGGUGGUCCUCCAACUGGCCCACCUACCGGUGCUCCGACAGCUGGGGCUGCUGCUCCCAAGGCCGCUGCAAAAAGGCCCGCCCGUCGCGCUGGCAAACCGCCACCCGACAGGCCUACCAGGGCCCUAUUUUGUCUACCCCUUAAAAAUCCUCUUAGAAAACUCUGCAUCGGCGUCGUCGAGUGGAAACCAUUCGAAUGGCUCAUCUUGAUGACGAUAUUUGCAAAUUGCAUCGCCUUGGCUUUCUACACGCCGUAUCCGUUCGGUGAUUCCAAUCAGACCAACCAAUAUUUGGAAAAAAUAGAAUACGUAUUUCUCGUGAUAUUUACGGCAGAGUGCAUAAUGAAGAUCAUAGCGUAUGGAUUCGUCGCCCAUCCGGGUGCCUAUCUACGAAAUGGCUGGAACGUGCUUGAUUUUACGAUAGUCGUCAUAGGAAUGAUGAGUACCAUAUUAGCGAUGCUUAUGAAGGAAGGAUUCGAUGUUAAAGCGUUGAGGGCUUUUCGAGUGUUACGACCUCUAAGGCUGGUUUCCGGUGUACCAAGUCUUCAGGUGGUCCUAAACUCUAUUUUAAGAGCUAUGAUUCCGCUGUUGCACAUUGCCUUGUUGGUACUAUUCGUCAUCAUCAUUUACGCUAUCAUUGGCCUCGAGCUAUUUUCCGGAAAGAUGCACAAGACUUGUAGACACAACGUAACUGAUGAGGUAAUGAGCGAUCCAGUUCCCUGUGGUCCUAUGGGUUUUCAGUGUAGCAACGUUGGCCCGGACUAUCACUGCAGCAAUCAAUUUUGGGAAGGUCCGAACGAUGGCAUCACCAAUUUCGAUAACUUUGGUUUGGCCAUGCUCACAGUCUUUCAAUGCAUCACCCUCGAGGGCUGGACCGAAGUACUUUACAACAUAGAAGAUGCGAUGGGAAGUUCUUGGCAAUGGAUUUAUUUUAUUUCAAUGGUUAUACUUGGAGCUUUCUUCGUGAUGAAUUUGAUUCUCGGUGUGUUGUCUGGAGAGUUCUCAAAGGAAAGAGAGAAGGCUAAGGCACGCGGUGAUUUUCACAAGUUAAGAGAAAAACAACAGAUAGAGGACGAUCUUCGAGGAUAUCUCGAUUGGAUAACUCAAGCGGAGGAUAUCGAACCGGAAGCGGACGAGCCAAAAACGCAAGACGGAAAAUCUAAACAACAAAAUGAAAUGGAGAGUACAGAUCAAUUGGAGGGUGACGAAGACUUUAAAGGUGUUCAACAGGAACCAGUUUGGAAAAGAAAGAAACGAGAUUUAGAUAGGGUUAAUCGACGAUUAAGACGAGCUUGUAGAAAAGCCGUCAAAUCGCAAGCCUUCUAUUGGCUCAUCAUAGUACUCGUUUUUUUAAACACCGUAGUACUCGCUACCGAACAUUACAAUCAGCCUCAUUGGUUGGACGAGUUUCAAGAGAUCACCAACAUGUUUUUUAUCGCGCUAUUCUCCAUGGAGAUGAUCCUGAAGAUGUACAGUUUAGGAUUUCAGGGUUAUUUCGUAUCUUUGUUCAAUCGUUUCGAUUGUUUCGUGGUAAUCGGCUCGAUAACCGAGAUGAUCCUUACGAAUACAAAUGUAAUGCCACCCCUCGGAGUUUCCGUGCUCCGUUGUGUAAGACUGUUGAGAGUAUUCAAAGUAACAAAAUAUUGGAGAUCGCUCUCGAACUUGGUGGCUUCUUUGUUGAAUUCGAUUCAAUCUAUCGCCUCGCUUUUACUUCUGCUCUUCCUUUUUAUCGUCAUUUUCGCGCUCUUAGGAAUGCAGGUAUUCGGUGGAAAGUUUAAUUUCGCCGAUCUCCAAGACAAACCACGGCACAAUUUCGAUAGUUUUUGGCAAAGUUUACUCACCGUUUUUCAGAUAUUAACAGGUGAGGAUUGGAAUGCAGUAAUGUACGUUGGAAUUCGUGCUUACGGGGGUGUUUCUAGUCCCGGUGUUAUAGCUUGCACUUAUUUCAUCGUUCUAUUCAUAUGCGGUAACUAUAUCCUUCUGAACGUGUUCUUGGCCAUCGCUGUGGACAAUCUUGCAGAUGCGGAAUCGUUAACGGCCAUUGAAAAGGAGGCCGAAGAAGAGGCGGAGAAGAACAAAUCUCACAGUGGUUCACCUGCAAGAGACGAGAUCAGCGGUGAACAUGGUGACGAAGGUGAAACCGGUGGCGAAGAUGAGGGUGGUGUUACCGAUAUGGAGCAAGAUCCUAAUGAAACUAUAGAGGAUUACGAAGCUGCUUUGGAUACGGAAACAUCGGAGAAAAGCGAGGACGGCAACACCCACAAAGUACGUUUAAAUAUCGAGUCUGACGAGGAAGCUGAAGAAGAAGAAGAGGCCGAACAAAAUGAGAUACAGGACGAAGGACAAGAAGUAUCGGCCAGGCCACGAAGAAUGUCAGAAUACAACACGGCUACGAAAAAACAACCCAUCCCACCUGGUUCCUCUUUCUUUCUAUUUUCUCAGACCAACAGGUUUCGAGUUUUUUGUCAUUGGCUUUGUAACCAUAGCUACUUUGGUAAUGUGAUCCUAGCCUGCAUCAUGAUAUCCUCGGCCAUGUUGGCUGCAGAGGAUCCGUUAAGUGCACUUUCGUACAGAAAUCAGAUCCUGAAUUACUUCGAUAAUUUCUUUACUACCGUAUUCACGAUCGAGAUCUGCCUGAAAAUGAUAUCGUACGGUUUCGUUAUGCACGACGGUGCAUUUUGCCGAUCGGCCUUCAACCUACUCGAUCUUCUCGUCGUUUGCGUUUCUCUAGUUUCCACAGUUUGGAGUUCUGGGGCUAUAUCGGUGGUCAAAAUACUCAGGGUGCUACGCGUAUUGAGACCUUUACGUGCCAUAAAUCGUGCCAAGGGAUUAAAGCACGUAGUACAAUGCGUCAUCGUAGCGGUAAAGACUAUCGGAAACAUAGUCCUCGUCACCAGCCUCCUGCAGUUCGUGUUCGCCGUCAUAGGCGUACAACUUUUCAAGUACGUAGUGAAGUGUGUGAUUGUCGCCAUUAAAACGAUUGGCAACAUUAUGUUGGUCACCUAUCUCCUACAGUUCAUGUUCGCUGUUAUCGGGGUACAGCUGUUUAAGGGCAAAUUUUUCUAUUGUAACGAUGCUUCAAAAAUGACGAAGGAUGAAUGCCAGGGUACUUAUCUGGAAUACGAAAAUGGCAAUAUCAAUAGACCUGUCGUGAAAGAAAGAGAGUGGGAACAUCGUCGUUUCCACUUUGAUGAUGUUGCCAAGGCGAUGCUGACCCUCUUUACGGUUUCAACAUUUGAAGGCUGGCCAGGGUUGUUGAAUUGGUCGAUCGAUUCGAACAAGGAAGAUCACGGACCGAUUCAUAACUUUCGUCCGAUCGUGGCAGCCUACUACAUUAUCUACAUCAUCAUCAUUGCAUUUUUCAUGGUGAAUAUCUUCGUGGGUUUCGUCAUUGUCACCUUUCAAAACGAGGGUGAACAGGAGUACAAAAAUUGCGAGCUCGAUAAGAAUCAGCGGAACUGCAUCGAGUUUGCUCUGAAAGCGAAACCCGUUCGGCGAUACAUACCGAAGCAUCGAAUACAAUACAAAGUUUGGUGGUUCGUCACUUCUCAACCCUUCGAAUACACGAUAUUCACCCUGAUCAUGAUAAACACCGUGACACUUGCGAUGAAGUUCUAUCAGCAGCCAACGUUAUACACCGAAGUACUCGAUGUACUCAAUAUGAUUUUCACCGCAGUGUUCGCCCUAGAGUUUGUCUUCAAACUUGCAGCUUUUCGAUUCAAGAAUUACUUUGGCGAUGCCUGGAACGUUUUUGAUUUUAUUAUCGUUCUCGGAAGUUUCAUCGACAUCGUAUACUCGGAAGUUAACCCUGGCUCAACUAUCAUUUCUAUCAACUUCUUUCGACUAUUUCGAGUGAUGCGUCUCGUAAAGUUACUGAGCAGAGGAGAGGGCAUAAGAACGUUACUCUGGACCUUUAUUAAAUCCUUCCAAGCUCUACCUUACGUAGCCCUUCUCAUCAUAAUGCUUUUUUUCAUCUACGCCGUAAUAGGCAUGCAGGUAUUUGGAAAGAUUGCUAUAAACGCCGAGACUUCAAUAUAUCGUAACAACAAUUUUCAAUCGUUUCCGCAAGCAGUUCUAGUUUUGUUCAGGUCUGCUACAGGUGAAUCUUGGCAAGAUAUCAUGAUGGAUUGUUCCGCACAACCGGGCAAAGUAAUGUGCGAUCCGAACAGCGACGAAUACAACAAUCCGUCCGGUUGCGGAUCGGACAUAGCAUUUCCUUACUUCAUAUCAUUCUACGUUCUCUGUUCCUUUCUGAUCAUCAAUUUAUUCGUUGCUGUCAUUAUGGAUAACUUUGAUUAUUUGACGAGAGACUGGUCGAUAUUGGGACCACAUCACCUCGACGAGUUUAUUCGUUUAUGGUCAGAAUACGAUCCCGAUGCUAAAGGUCGUAUCAAACAUCUCGACGUGGUAACGUUGCUAAGAAAAAUAUCACCACCCUUGGGUUUCGGUAAACUUUGUCCUCACAGAGUCGCUUGCAAGAGGCUGGUCUCGAUGAACAUGCCAUUGAACAGCGACGGUACUGUUCUCUUCAACGCGACCCUAUUCGCAGUGGUGAGAACAUCAUUAAGAAUUAAAACCGAAGGAAAUAUAGACGACGCGAAUGCCGAACUUAGAGCUGUCAUCAAAAAGAUUUGGAAGAGAACAAGUCCUAAACUUUUGGAUCAAGUUGUUCCACCGCCUGGAGUCGACGACGAAGUUACGGUCGGCAAGUUUUACGCAACUUUCCUCAUCCAGGACUACUUUCGUAGAUUCAAGAAACGGAAAGAACAAGAAAUGAGAGAAGGGGACAAGGAAUGUCACAAUACAGUAACGCUCCAGGCGGGCUUGAGAACUUUACACGAAGCAGGUCCUGAAUUAAAAAGAGCGAUCUCUGGUAAUUUGGAAGAACUUAUGGACGAUAAUCCAGAACCUACUCAUAGGAGAAAUCAUUCGCUAUUUGGUAGCGUUUGGUCGAGCAUGCGUAAAGGACACCACAGCUUCCAUAGAGCGAGGUCGCUCAAAAUGAACUCUAAGGCUUCCCCAUCAAAUUCCAUAGACUUUUUGGCGUAUCCAUCAUUGCAAAGGGGCAUAGGACCAGACGCUCCGAAUCAAAUCACUGCGAGAUCUCAUCAAGUCGUGCCAAACGUAGCUGGUGGUCUAAGCGAUAGCGCUAUGAAUCAAAUGGAAAUGGAUCCGAGGUUAACGGGUGUCGAAGAAAAUAUUCCCUUAAGACCUCUUGCCGUAUUUGGCAACACCACGCAACGUUCAACCUAUCAUAGUACUUAUAAAAUGGUCGGUCUUCAGGACGGAGUCGAGCGGCAGUUGACACCACCUACCCCUCCGCCACGAAGGAUAUCAGGACAGAGUACUAGCGGCACCGUUACCAGCACAACUACCGUCACCACCAGCACUACUACUAGCACCGGCACGACCACCCACCCUAUUAUCGCCACUGUCACCGAAACAGUUGUCACUGCAGAUACAGUUGUCACAGCUGUCACGGGAGGAACGAGCGCUAAUUCCUCAACUACCGCGACCAGUCCAGCUUCCUCUUCGAAUGGCACCAACCGUUACUAUACCUACGCGACGGGGGGCUGCUGCGUCGAUUGUGCCGUCUGGAGCAAUCACGAAAUGCGAGAAGACAACGAAUUCGAUCUCGUACCGGACACGAGCGUGGCCGUAGAUGACGACGACGAGGAGGAGGACGAAGAAGAUUUGGAGGAGGAGUUGGACGAGGAUGAGGAAGAGGAUGAGGACGAGGAAGAAGAAUCGUCGAUAGCGAGCGGCAGUACCGUCACCGAUGAUACGUGGAACAACUCCGAGGGUGGUGCACAUCCAACUGCUAAAUUACCAUCGUCGGCACCGAGUAAUAAGAAAGAAAGCGAGAGGGGGGCGGCGGCGAUCCCAAUGUUGCGCCGGCCUAAGGCAACGAUGCAAAUACGAAAAUUAGAAAGUCGAGCGCGAGCUAUGGCAGCAUCCUUGAGACCACCAAGCCUCCUAUUUGGGACGAGGUCGCGACGCCAAAGCGACGCUGGAGGAAAAUCAGCACCCUCCAGUUUUCGCAGAUGUCGCGAGGCCGUUUCCGAAGCGGCCGACGGAACCGGCAGCGAUCCUCCGAGCGAUCCUCUGACCGAUCCACCGAGCGACGCCGGAGGAACAACAACCACCAUCGGAAGCCUCGCCAACGGCCUCAAAAUGGCGCAGACCCAAGCGAUCGCCGUAGCUGGUUUCCUCGCCAACGUCGACUCGCGUCAAUGGCGCGUAUGCGAGUCCUGUUUCUCCCACCGAGCCUCCUUCCACGGCAGAGUUCCAUCCUGGGCUGGAGAGAGCAACGGAAGCGUCGGAGCCGAACGGCUUACCCAUAGUUUACCUGGCAGUCCUGCCGACCGAAAGCCGAACUUUGAAGUUAUUGGAAGUGCCGAGAGUUUGGUAGGACGGGUACUCGUUGAACAAGGACUGGGCAAGUAUUGCGACCAAGAAUUCGUGAGAUACACGUCUCGCGAGAUGCAAGAGGCUUUGGACAUGACGCGGGAAGAAAUGGAUCGAGCAGCUCAUCAAUUGCUCUUGGAGGAAAGACGUAGUCAAUCUUUCAGAUAUCAACAACAACAACAACAACAGCAGCAGCAACAGCAACAGCAGUUGCAGCUGCAGCUGCAGUUACAGCAGCAGCAGUAUCAACAACAACAAGAACAGCAACAAUUACAGGCCGGCAUGGACCAACAGUGGAAUCCCGCGUAUCCGCAACCAAUCGGAAUAGGUUACCAACCUUUGCAAGAGCAACCACCGAGUGGUACGCAACGAACGUUCCAUCAUCAGCCGAGCUACCAACUUCAAGACCAACAACAACAACAACAACAACAGCAGCAGCAUCAGCCACCCUCUUAGCAGCAGGAAGACGAUUGUUUCGUUAAGAAAAUUCCGUCUACGUAGCCUCGAAUUCGAACGCUCCAUUCGGACCAGUCAAAGUCGUGAGUCGUUCGAUUUUUCUGUCGAUCGGGGGAGACGGAUAGACACACACACAAAAAAUAGAGAUACCGCUCACCACACCGAUCAUCUCACCCUCGUAACGAGACGCGGCUCGUUGUGUACCACGCUAGCACAAACAAAAAAGUCCUUUUUCUACUAUCCGAAUAUUUUUAUCGAUCGAUCGACGAGAGUCCACAUUUCCUUCGGAUUUCCAAUUCGAUUUUCGAAGAUAACACAGAAAUCACGGAUGGCGAGUUAGAUAGUUACCAAUACACUUUUCUUUUAUUUUCUUAUCGUUAAGCAAACGAGAAAACAAGAUAGCAUGAUGAUCGAAUGAGAUAAUCCAAUAAGAAUUAUUUUCCGUGGAAUUGACAUAGCUUAGAGACGUACAACGUUACCAAAGUAUAUGUUUAAACAUAACGAACGUUGUUUUCGUUUCUCCUUUUUGUUUCUCGGUAUUCGAAGACUUGAAAUAAUCAGUCAGCCGAGAUCCGCGAACCUCAAACGGACUUCCGUCCGAGAACUGGAGGAAGAAGAGGAAGACAGAUCUUAUUCCUCUUCUCCCCUUUUUUCUCUUUCAUUAAUACGGUAUAAAAUAGAGCUAUAUUAUACGCAUAUUAUUAUUACUAUUAUUAUUAUUAUUAUUAUUAUUAUUAUUAUCAUUAUCGUUGUUACUAUUAUUAUUACUAUAUAAUUUUUAUCGUCAUCACGAUCACCAUUUAUCGUCACUCUUAUAUUAUAUUAUUAUCUAUCAUUAAUUAAUACCAUUUAACUAUCGUUAAUUAUUCGUUAUAAUAUUGUUCGUCCUCAUCGAUAGAAGUUUUAAAAUGAAAAGUCACUCUUUAAGAGAAAAUCGCUAAUUAGUACGUUUAAAAAAAAAAUAAGUCAUUGUCGCUACUUGCACGAUGGAUUGAUUAUUCUAGAUGAUAUAACAAGUGCCUAAGUAUCUAAUAACUUCUUUCGGACCAGAGAAGACUUUUAUCAACAUAGACAAAGUACGACUAUAAUUGCGAAAUUAUGACGAGUUACAUGUCGAGUAUGUACACUACGAUAUUGUAACGCGAAAUAGAUAUUAUUAUUAUUAUUAUUAUUAUGAUGAUGAUUAUUAUUAUUAUUAUUAUUAUUAUUACUACCUGUAAAUAUAUAUAUGUUGCGCGCGUAUUAUUAAAGAGAAUGCGCGAUACGAUGAAUGGCCGAUAAAAAGAAAAAAUAGAAAAAUACAGCAGCCAGUGAAAUAAUUCGAUGAUUGUAGGGAGCGCGCGAGAGAUUUUAAACAAAAAAAAAAAAACAAUGAAUGGAACGUUCGUAUUUCGUAUUCGAAAAAAAAUGGAAAAUUUCGACCUAGAAAAUACACGUAAACAUACACGCACACACUUACACUCUCGUACGCGUUCGAGCAUACGAAAAACCUUCUCUUGUAACAUAUGCAGUAAGUAUCGUUUAAA